CUCACCUCCACAUAAACCUUCCCCAAUCCAAUCCAAGAAAUUGUACUAACUCCCAAGAGAGUGAAAAAAAUGGCAUCUUUUUCACCUUCCCAAAUAAUUCCUCCCAUGAAGUCCCAUCUCAGUGUCACUUCCACUUAAUUAACUUGCCCCUGCAAUUUCAGGUCAUUCGCAGUGGAGAAAGAAAAAAAGAUUAGAUAAAAGAUGAGUAUCCGGGUGGGCGAGGUGCCCCUGAAGACGAUGAUGGUGGCGAAGAGCUCGGUGUCAAGAAGCUGGGUUUUGUUUGACAGGAAAGGGCAAAGCGCGGUUCUUAAUUUGGACAAGUACUCAAUCUUGAAACGGGUGCCCGUCCACACCCGAGACCUUCGGAUUAUUGACCCUCUCCUCUCUUACCCCUCUGCCAUUCUUGGCAGAGAGAAAGUCAUCGUCCUCAACUUGGAGCACAUCAAGGCUAUAAUCACCACAGAAGAGGUACUGCUUCGUGACCCAUUGGAUGACAAUGUUAUCCCCAUUGUUGAGGAACUCCAAAGAAGGCUGCCUCUGGCGGCUAAGGUCGGCGGCCUAGUUGACAGAGAAGACAAUGACCGGCCACAACCAGCCACAGAAGAAACUGAUUCUGAUCAGCAAACCGAGUUUCCCUUUGAAUUUCAAGCUCUGGAAGUGGCUCUAGAAGGUAUAUGCAGCUCUCUUGACACGCAGACAAGGGAUUUGGAGACUGCUGCUUACCCGGCUUUGGACGAAUUAACUGCAAAGAUUAGUAGUCGUAAUCUGGACCGGGUGCGAAAACUGAAGAGUGCAAUGACAAGAUUGACGAACCGGGUUCAGAAAGUGAGGGAUGAACUUGAAAACCUUCUUGAAGAAGAUGAUGACAUGGCAGAUCUAUACUUGUCAAGGAAAUUGGCAGCUGCUGCUGCUGCUUCUUCUUCUUCUCCUGAGAGUUGCAAAAAUGCCGCGGUUCCUGACUGGUUCCAUGACUCUCCAACUCUAAGCUCUCAAUUGUCCAGAACAAUAAGCAGGAGAUCAUCAAGUCGGGGCGAAGCUCAUCAUCAUGAUGUUGAGGAACUUGAAAUGCUGCUUGAGGCUUACUUUGUACAGAUAGAGAGCACUAUGAACAAGCUGACAACGGUUUGCAUAUACAUAUACAAAUUCAACCUCACUAUUAUCUAGCCAGUAUAUAGAUAUAUGCAUAGAUAAAUACUUCAUAUGAUACAUGAGUUAACAGAGUUAUGGUUUUCUUGUUGGAAAAAACAUGCAUUGCAGUUGCGUGAAUACAUUGAUGACACAGAAGAUUAUAUCAAUAUACAGCUAGAUAAUCACAGAAACCAGUUGAUCCAGCUGGAGCUGUUCUUGAGCUCGGGGACGGUGUGCUUGACAGUGUAUUCAAUGGUAGCGGCCAUAUUCGGGAUGAACAUCCCACAUCCUUGGAGAGACCAUCACGGCUACCUUUUCAAAUGGGUGGUCAUUCUCACCUCAAUGAUUUGUGGGUCCCUCUUCAUAUCAAUAGUCUCUUAUGCGCGUCACAGGGGUCUGGUCGGAUGAUCUUCUUGAUCAUUUUCAUAGUCGCAUCUUGUCAAUUGUUGUUAUCAUAAAAAAAUUCGACACCGUAUUUGGGGCAAUUUUUGGUAGAAUAAAACUAGACGAACACUAUUUGACUUUUGAGGAUUAAUAUUUGGACAAAAUAAUAUUGCAAUCGAAAAACUUUUGUAUUCACAUUUUAUAUUAGCCUGAACUAUCUAAAUAUCAUUCCAAAGCUUUGGAGUAUAACGUGGUGUACACGGAACAUGCUUCUUUUUUCAGGCCCUUAUGGGUUUAUUUUUUUGUUGUCUAUGCCAAACCCUUUAGCUUCUUUAAUGUGAAAUUUGCACUAAAUAAGACUAAAACAUAAGUCAUUAU